AUGGGAGGGUGUCUCACGCAAUGUCUCUGUUCUGGUCGACGACCGCUGAUUGCUCAUCUGGUGGAUCUGUACAAGGCAAUGAAGUCUGCCGAUACAAAGUCCGAUCUGCAUCUCGUAUCGGGCUACUCGGCUCUACUCAUCGCCAACUUAUUGACCACCACGUCGUCCUUUCGGCAGCUUGUGCUUUCACUCCUCCCUGGUGACAGCUGCCGAGAGAAACUUGAAGAUGUCUUCGGAUCGUUAGAAGAGCUCCACGGCUUGCAAUCCAUACUCCACAGCAAGCUGAUGAAAGAAGCCUCACUCAUCACGACUGGCAUCAUUGAAGAUGACGAGAGCGGAGCUGCGGAAGAUUUUGUAGGAAAGACGAUUGACGGUAUCAAACAGUUGCUAGAGUUGCUGUGA